AUGAGAUAACAUCAGUAGUUUGGUUGCAAAACACGGCUGUUGCGCCAAUAAGGUCAUGGUUUCUUGAGAUAAGAAAAGUUAUCCAUUAUUUGGAGCGUUCCCGCCUUUCAAACCUGAGUUUAAUACAAUGAACCGUCAAACUAAGUGAGUAGAUUUCACGACAGUCUUCACUGGCACCAGGUCUCAAGGUACACCAUGCUGUUUCUUCUUCUCUGCUCUACUGUACACUUUUGCCUCGCAAAAAUSGGUGACGCGGCUGGAGCUGGUCUUCAWUUCACGGGAAAAGCWGACCAACAAGCUGAGUACGAUCCUUGGGAUUUUUCGAUUCGAAAUGGCACACUUUCUUUCCUCUUUCAAACACAUAAACGAACUGGUUUAUUACUUUAUCAGGACAACAAACGCAACAACCGCGGCAAUGACUAUUUUGAUGUUUUCAUCGUAGAUGGACGUCUUCGCCUGAGAUUUUAUAUCACAUUUUGCGCAGGAGAACCAGAAGAACUAAUSAUUGAAGGAGAUUUCUCGGAUUCCCAAUGGCACAGGGUAACUCUGGGUCUCAGUGAUACAUCCAUUUCAUUUUCUGUGAACAAAAUGACGAAACCAAAAGUCAUAAUGUGUCCAAAUGCAGGCAGAUACGAUCAUUUACGAAAACGACGUUGGACUGCCAUGUACCUUGGAGGUAUUGACUUGUUCUCAAGAGGUUUUCUCCCGUCUAUUGGUAGAUGGGCAAGUCCAUCGAUUUUUAACGAAGCUGSCAGUAAAAGCUUCACAUUCGAAGGCUGCAUUGGUGAYUUGAUGUAUCGUAAGGGUAAUGGAAAAGGCACUAAAGCCAAGCUUAGAAGAAAGAACUUUGCGGUCGCCGAGUGCGACAACGCUUGUACUGACGAACCUCAAACUCAAUGCAGCAACGGAGGAUUCUGUAUCGACCACAUUCUCACAUAUGAGUGUGACUGCACGGGGACUGGGUACGAGGGCUUCGAUUGCACAAAAGGUCAGUUUGUCAUGCGCAGUAAUACAACCUUCAACGUCAGUGAAUACAACUACGUGGAAAUCAUUCGUAGACAAAGACGUUUAACAAUCGACAUCAAUAGAGGCUUGGAGGUCCAGAGUAAAACUAUUCCAGGAACAUURUAUUCUUUGGAUCUUAAGGGAGCUGAUCGUAUAUCGUAUUUUGGUGGCGGACCAGGAAGUUUACCCCUUUCCACAAGCCAAAGAAAUUUCAGUGGGUUUCUGCARCAGUUAAAAUUCGAUAGAUUUAAGGUUCUAGACAAAGUGGUUAAAAGUCCGUAUUCUGACAAGAGAUUUGGUGUCGGUGGCAAGGUUGAAAAUGGAGCUAAUCGGAUGGAUUUGUUGCCACCAGACAAGUCUAUACCAGGGUCAGGGUGCAGUGAGCUAAAUGACGACGAAGACAACGAAGGAUGUCGACCAACAACCCCUAAAUGCAUCACACCCGAAUGCAUCUUUGGAAGAGAAACAGCGAAUCCAGACACAACAACACAGCCAUCAAUAGCAACACUUCCUACUGAGACAGUCGAUGGCACACCCACCCCUGGUGUAGUAAUGAGUCUUCAAGAGCCGCCAGCUCCUGAUCGUCGUACAUCCCCCUGGAUUAUUAUCAUCAUUGUUGUAGCAGCCGUCGUGGCUGUUCUUAUUACAAUCUUCUUUCUCUACCGCUGGAAUAUUAGGUAUUCAGGAUCAUUCAAACCCAGUAAGAGUGAGCCUGGGGAGGGAGUUAAGCCCUUGGAACGAGGCUACGAGCAACCAGCAUUUUAUGUCUCACCACACAAGCCCCCGAAAGCUGAAGAGACAAUGGCGUAGAGGAAGGCACUACUAAGUGACUCUUGAUACUUGAAGAGUCUUUGAGGAUGCAUUGACACUGGUCAGCGGUCAUUCAAAUAAAACGAUGAUUACAAAUGUACAAAGAAGAAUUUGAAUCAAKACAAUAUGCCGAGUGAUUGAUUGGACAAUAUCAAAUCACCAUAGAGGACUUAUCUGCKGUGGAAGGCACCGGAAUUUGAUUUAUACCGAGAUUUAUAUGAAAUGUUCAGGCUMAAAGUGAAAUGUACAUACAUCGUUGCAAUGAUUGCGUUAAAAUCUGUCAUGCUUUAACUUAAAUGAAUGUUUUAUAUUGUAAUUUCAGUUUGCAUGGUAUUUGGAAAUCAAGAACGAUCUGAACGAAGAAAUUAUACCGUUAAAAUGYAAUUCAUUUUUCAUAUAUAGCUUUCAUAACUUUGCAAUGUGCAGCGACGCCAUUUUGUGCAGCGAAGCAUGAUGGUAGUUGUAGUACUCGCACUUAUUUGAGACUCUUAAAUAUCUCCUUAAGUCGUUUUUACAUUUUCUUAGUAGAAACAGUAGAACUACUUCUAUUUUUGAUUAGAAACUGCAAAAACUGCUAAGAAGGACUUUUGUAGCGGACAUAAAAAAGUACGAGGACUGCAACUAUACCAUCAUGCUUUGCUGCAAAAAAUGGCGCCGCUGCACAUUGCCCAAUGGGUGCAUGCUGUUUUGUAUGGAACAAUACGAGAGAAUUCUUUCCAAAACGACCGAGUAAAAGCCCAGGGCCAGUUUAACGAAGGGUGAUAAAGCUAUCCACUUCAAAGCCGAUUCUGUAGAUUCUAUCAGCUCGAUAAGGAUUCUGUGGAUAGAGCCAUUCAUCCUUYAAACAACCGGCCUCUGCAUGCACGUAUUUCAUUCAGAAUUUCAAUUUCUCUCGAAUAAUAAGAACAUUUAGCUGCAAUGAAGAUUAAAAUCGUUUGAAUACUUUGUAGUAUAAAUGAUAUUAAUAAAAUACAACUUAAGUCUGAAGAACAGACUAG